AUGCAGUGCGACCCGGAAGAACUGUUCGUUGCACUCCAAUCUGAUGAUGACGCCACUCUAGCUCAACUCUUUAACCAAGGUUUGCAACUAGACGCAAAGCUCAUCGAUGCAGAUCAUGUUUUACCACCAUUUUUACAGAAUGAACCCCCGCUUCUCUCUGUUUGUGCAUAUUACUGCGCACGUCGUUGUUUCAAAUUUAUCGCCGAGCGUUAUCAACAAUUCUUCGUAAAAGAUGCCAAAGGAACUCCAAUCACAGAAUUUGCUAUUCUCGGUGGAGAUUGCGAUAUCAUCGAUCUUUUAAAGGGCUUUGGCUUGGAAUUCGAAAAAUACCUUCCAUUUGCUGCUAAGCACCGUUGUGAUACAGCUUUUAAGUUCAUCUGCCAAAUUCAAGAUAAAAUUUUUGAUAUAGACAUUUUAGAUCAAAACAAAAACGCUUCAAUUCACUACGCAGCCAUGAACGGCGAUUUAGAUCUAAUUAUUUGGCUCCACCUUGCUCGUGCUCAAAUGAGUUUGAGAAAUGGCGACGGAGAUACACCAUUGAUUCUUGCUUGCAAGAACGGUCAUGCAGAUUGUGUUCGCUACCUCAGCAAGAUCCCAGAAGUCGAUAUCAACGAGCCAGAUUUAGAAAAAUCUACACCACUUUUAUGGUCUGUUAAAAGCAACCGUACUCAAUGCUCCCGUUACUUACUCGGACUUCCAGCCAUCAAAGUUAACGAGAAGAAUCAAGACGGAAUUGCUCCAAUCCACAUUGCCGCAUUAUCUGGUCACGUUUCCAUUGUUAGAGCCAUCUGCGCCACAGAAGGCGUUGACAUUAAGACAAAGACAAACGCCGGACUGAACGUUCUUCACUACGCAGCUCAAUGCCAAAAUGAAGAAUGUUUACGCUACGUUCUUACUCUUGGCUUAGAUAUCAACGAGCCAGACAACCAACAGAUGACUCCUUUACACCAUGCAGCUUUAGCAGGUUGCGUCGGAAAUACAAGAUUACUUUUAUCUCAGGAAGGAAUUCAGCCAAACUUAGUCGAUGCAGAAAAGAAUACUCCAUUACAUACAGCCGCAAAGGCCGGCCGCACAGAAUGCGUCCGUCUUCUUGCCGAACGUGAAGAUGCAUUAAUCAACGAAGGAAACUUCGAAUUAAAUACACCACUCCAUCUAGCCGCUAUUGCCGGACGUACAGAAACAUGCAGAUACCUCCUUACUCUCGAAAAAGUUAAUCCAAACUCCAAGGCAUUAUGGGAUAAGACUCCUCUUCACUAUGCCGCACAGAUUGGCUUCCCAGAUGUUUGUCGUGUUUUCUGUGAUUGCCCUCGCUGCGACGUUAACCAGCAAAACGUUUGGGGAAAGACUCCAUUACAUUAUGCCACAUUAUUAGAGAACACAGAUACAGUUACAGUCCUUGUUUCUGAACCACGCAUCAAUAUUAACAUCGCGAACAACUUCAACAAUACUCCACUCGAUUACACCGCAAGAACUGGCGCAUACGACGAAGCUCUUUUACUUUUCAACGUCGAAGGAGUACAAUACAACAGAGUUGCCGCAAAAGGACUUACACCAUUACUCUACGCAGUUAUGCACAACCACGAACGUGUUGUCGAUCUCUUCCUCGAAAAGGACGAUCUCGAUGUCAGAUUCAAGGAUCCACUCGGACGUUCUGCUCUUGACUACUCUAAUGUUAUCGGAAAUCCAAUUGUCAAGACUUCUCUUUACAAGUACAUAAACGAAGAAGAGCCAACAUCUUUAGGCGUAGAUGCACCACCUCCUCCUCCUCCACCACCGCCACCACCACCAAUGUAA